AGCUCCAUAUAUACAACACGAUGAAGAAGGGAAAAAGAGGAAAACCCUAAUUUCAUUGUUGUUGCUUUAGGAAAACCUCUGCUAGUUCUUCCUCUCGCGAAAAUCCCCAAAUUACUUUGAGGAUCUCGAUUCCCCUAGCACCAAAUCACCAACAUCCUCACACAAUGUCGCGGCACGGCGUCUUGCCCGACGAAGAGGACAUGAUCGAUCUCCCCCCUUACAUCUCGCCCGCCACACUUCUCCCCAAGGUAAGAGCUUACGAGAUGGCGGCGCCGGAUUCGAUCUGCGUCCACCACCUGGUGGCGCGACCGGCAGGAGAUGAGCACGCCAAAGGAUUAGCUGAGCUCAGGAUUGUGGAAGGGGCAAUCGGGAAUCUGAGCAGGGAGGCAUUGCCAGGGCCGAUGUAUAGGUUCCAGGAGCUAGGUCUGGCGGAAGCAGUUCUGCACAACUUGGCGAGGUGUCAUUUCGAGACCCCGAGUCCGUUGCAGUGCUACUCGAUCCCGAUGGUGCUGGCCGGCCGGGACCUGUUGGUUUGCGCGCAGAAGGGGUCCGGGAAGACGACCGCCUUACUCAUCCCGGUGUUGAGUGGGCUGGUGACGGCGCCGGUAGCAGCAGGAAGAACAGGACGUAUGAAGUGUGUUAAACCACGCGCGCUCUUGCUCGUGCCUACCGCCAGGCUUGCAAAACAGAUUGGUGCUGAUAUCAGGAAAUUCUCUUACCGAACUGGAAUAAGAGUUCAUUCAAAGAUGAAAGGGAAGAUGCAGAAAUGUCAGCUUGAAGCGGGCAUUGAUAUAGUUGUUUCUACACCCCUACGUCUUAUCAACAUGGUUAGAACCUCUCAAGUCUCCCUUGAGGCAAUAAAGUAUCUGGUCAUAUGCGAGCUUGGUUUGAUGCUGGAUAUGGGGUUCGAAAAAACAUUAAGGAAGAUAGUUGAUGACAUGCAUAUUCCACCGAAAUCUGCCAGACAUACUUUACUUUCCAGCGGUACUUUCCAGCCAGCAGUACAGAAACUGGCUUGGGAUUUCUUGUCAGAUUACUUAUUUAUCACCGAUGGGAGGUUGGAGUUCAGUAUUGGCCUAACUAAGCAGAAAAUUGAGCUUGCCUCUGAAGAAGAGAAAACAGGCCUCCUGCUAAAUCUGUUACAGAAGCAAUCCGUCUCUUCUGCCGGCAUGCAGAGCCAACUCAGAACAGUAGUUUUUGUCGAGACAAAAGGAAAGGCUGAUUCAUUGAAGAAUUGGCUAUGCAAUGAAGGUUUUCCUGCAACAGUGAUCUUUGCUGACAGUUCACAGCAGGAGAGAGAGAGAGCGCAUCGCUACCUUUCCAGAUUAGCGGCAUUUCUAUCCUGAUUGCUGCCAACGCAGCCUCACCAGGCUUGGACGUUGCAAAUGUUGAUCAUUUGAUUAACUAUGAUCUUCCAAAGUCUGUUGAGGAAUAUGUUGAGAGGAUUAGAACAUUUGCGAGAGUUGGUUCUGCCACUUCCUUCUUCACUAAGUCCAACCGGUCCAUAGCAAAAGGCUUGCUGGAAUUGAUGAUUGAGGCAAAUCUAGAAGUGCCAGAUUGGCUGUUGGACUAUGCUAAUCCUGAUUAUACUAGAUCUGUGGAAUUGGACUCAGAAGAUGAGGAGAAUGAUAAGUACAGAUAUGAUUUAGCUUGGUAUGCAAAUCCAACACAUUAAGUUCUGUGUCAAGUUCGUUUGAGCGUAUAGUAACAUCUAGUGUUUAAUACUCCCUCGGUUCCACAAUACAUGCCUUCCAUUUGUCAAAAUAUAGAUGUAUCUAGACAUGUUUUAGUAUAUAGGUACAUCCAUUUUUGGACAAAUGGAAGUCAAGUAUUUUGGAACGGAGGGAGUACUUCAUAAACUGCAUAUGCAGGUGUCUCGCCUCACGCAAGAUUGAUAACAUAUACGAUCUGGCAGAUGUUUGGGCUGAAUUAAAUUGCAGGAGAACUAAGCAAAGCUUUGAUGAUAGUAGGAUCAAGACAAGGUCUAAAGAUUGUUGUAUUGCAUUUACACAACAAGAAGAAUACAAGUUCCUCAAGUUCUAUUUCGUCAAGGUUACUCAGUAUUGUUAUAGCCCUGAAAGUUAUGGAAAAACCUAUUGGCAUUACAAUUUCAUUGCCAAGAUUAAGAGUAAAUCAGGAAUCUGGACUGAAGGUAUCUACUUUGCUGAAAGAAAAUUAGAAUGUGAUGUGGAAACAUUUUGUUGCUGUUUCCUGGAGCCGUCAGACGAUGGUGAGUGCUAUGGAUGUCAACAUGGGAAGGCGAAGGUUCAGCAUCCAACUAGAGGUGACUAUGAGAGGUGACUAUGAGAGAGGAACACCUGAUCAUGUUUGGCUUUCCGAUGGUGACUGUGAAAUUAGUGAUGAUGAUAUGGUGGACUUCUAAACUUGUGUAACAUUGCAUUUUCAAUUUGUGUACUGAAACACCAUACUUGAUGCGUGAGUAGGCAUUAGCCUUUUACCACUUGUACUAAGGUUAAUUCAUCUCAAUGAGAGUACAAUGACAUGUUCCCAUUUUCA